GGAAGGCCCGGAAAGCUCGCGAGUAGUGGAGGGAGCGGAGAGAAACAUAGAGCGCGGCUGUAUUUGAAUGGAGGGAAUUUCUGGUUGGAUUUGCAGAUAGGAGUGUGGGGGGGAUAUAAACAACUCUAGUGGCGCUAGAAAGCAGCCGUUUCUUCUUACUCGGAGAGAAAAUGAGCCGUCACGGUGCGGCAGAAGACGGCUUGAACCGACUUAAAAAUGUUUACAGGCCCAGAUACUUGUAUGGUGAUGGGUUACAGGAACCACAAAAAACAAGACCCGGCCAAAACAUCUUGUCUGCUAUAAAGAAUUGUUUCGAAGAUCCCAACAGUCAGGCAUAUUUUAAAAAGCCUGGAAACAUAAUACGCAUGGACAGUCUUUUAUCACUUGAAAGUGGAAGUACCAUGUUAGAUUCGGAAAGUGGAGAAGAAGAGGACACUGAGCAAACCACUCCUGGGGAUGAAGGGGCAGUUCUUCUUGAAAAAGCAGCAACUCCAACCGGAGCAGUUCGGAACCUUGCAAAAUCUUUGGAUCGGACUUACAUUCUUGAGCAAUCUGCUGUGCAAAAUCCUGCUAGCCCCACGAUAACACUUCCUACCAAAAAGAGGUUAAGUUUCAAAAAUUUUACAGAACCGGAAGCAAAUAAUAAAAGAAUGAGAAUGUCUGAAAAAGAUUUAAUCUGUUCUACCGAUGAAAAGGAAUCCGAAAUACAGCAUCAUGUUAUGGCUGUUGAGAAAAAAAACUUUGCUUCACCUCACAAAAAGAGGACAACAUUGACCGGAUUUCCUGAAAAACGGCCAUCAAAAGUUGUUCCCUAUCCACAAAAUUCUUUGUUUCAGCAACAGGAUGAAAUUGAGCAUGAUAAUGAGGAUGAGUUUAUGAUCGAUGAAGUGGACAGCUUUGUAGUGAAUUCCUGGAUUUCAAACCCAAAAAAAGCAAAGUCUGAUUUAAAAGGUUCAAUGUCCGCUCAUUCAAAGAAAUCACAGCAAGUAAAUGAAGAAGCCAAAAAUAUUCAAAGAGACAUAUGUGACAGAGCCCGUGUUGUAAACAAAGAACUUUCCUCAGAAAAGUUUUCUUCUUAUGGACAUAAUACAAACAUGUCACCAAAAAACAAAGGUGGUACUGGUAAAAAAAAUCUUGGACAGCGACUUUGUGAAAAUGAUCUUGAUUAUCUUUCAAGUGAAGUACAAAAUUUACAGCAAACCUUGUCAAACAGUCAAAUUGUCAUAAAUACACAAUCAGCUAGUGAAGCUGCUCUGGCAAGAAUUAGAGGAACAUCGGUGUACAUAGCCAGAGAGUUGCAGUCACCUAACCUGAAACAGAAACAUCAACCUGAGUCCAGUGAAGAAGUGCAGUUGCCAAAAACUAAAGUAACUUCUACAUCUAAAUCAGUAUAUAUACAGGAGAUAGACAUGGGAGGCCCAUUCCAAAAACAAAAGAAACAACCUGAUCCACAAAACAUGGAAUUGAUACAGUCUCUAAAAGAUGCAGCUGAUAUGGAAGAAGGAAAGAGAUAUGCAAAUGCUGAUAACCCUAAAGAAGAUCAAGCAGAAGCAUGUCUACCUGAAAAAUCUGGAAGCCUUGGUAAAUCAAAUGUCCGCACAGGUCUUUCUACUGGUAAAAAGAGCUUAACAAAGAAAACCAUGCAAUCUUCCGCCUUCAAACAAAAUGCUCACAAACCAGAAGUGCUGGAAAACACAGGGGAAACUGAGGGUUUUGCGACAUUAGGAAACUCUAAGAUAUUAGAAAAGCCAAAUCACCUUUUAGAAAUCAGAAAUCCUAGAAGUCCUGUUUAUUCCAUGUUUUUGCAAGCAGCAACACAAGGUCACGCUACAAGGUAUUCAGUUGUUCAAGAAGCACCAAUUUUUAAUAUUCCUCAUCAAGGUGAAGAGGAUGACAAUGAUUUUGUUUUUGAUGAGGCUGCUUUAUUAGAUUGUGAGCCACUGAUAUCUAUUCCCAGAAGGGGGAAACCCCUACCUUCAAAGAAAAUUAUUUGGUCUGAAAGGGAUACAGGAUCUCGGGUUUGUACAGAUUCUAUGCAAAAUGACACGGAGAAAGAUCAAAAUAAUGUCGGUGCCAAUGAACAAAAUCAGCAGGCCACUCCUAAAGAAAAGUCUACUAGGAAGAAUCCUGCAUUAUCUGAUAAAAACUUUACUUUGAAUAAAGAGAAACCGUUGGAUAAAGUGGAUAAUAGUAUUAAACUAAGCACGCAGAAAGGUAAAAAAUCUAAAUCUGCUUGUGUAGAUGGUCCCAGUGAGUUAGAUGAGCAUGAUAACAAUGCUCUGUCAGAUGAACCACAUUUAAAGAAAACCUCUUCAAAAAAGCAAAUCCUGUCCAAAACAAACAAGGGCAAACCUGUUAAAAAAGCUCAGAAGAAAAAACAAACUCGUUCAAAAGGUAAACCCACACCAUUAAACCGAAAUAAAAAUAAUGGUGGCCAGGAAGCAAUAAAUACUGGCACUGGAUUUUCAGACGAGGCCUGCACACCUGAUGGCAUCCAGAAACAAUCCAAAUCUGCACGAAUUUCAAUAUAUUCUAAAGUUGUGUCUCCUGCAAGAAGGAAUAUCUUUUCCUCUGACGAAAAUGAAAAUCCACAUGUGACUAAUCUACAAAUAGCUUCAUCUCCAUAUAAAAGAGUCAAGAAAAAGGACAUUGACAACUUUGAGUUUCCUGAGACUCUUUCAUCACAAGACUUAAAACAGGCACAUACUCCCAAUCAAAGGCUGCAAGCAAGUGCAGCAGAAAAAGUCACUAGUGCUAUAUGUGACCAACUGGAAACUGGUCGCACGCAAAGGAUCUCCCGACCACCCUCACAGUGGUGGAUUGUUUCACCCUCACAUACGAAUAAGACUGUUUUAGUUGAACCGGAGCUGCCUUCAAAAUCUCUCCAAAAGGAAAAUAAAAAUAAAUCAAAGAAAAAGAAGGGUACCAAGAAAGAGAAGAUCCCAGAUGCCAAUGAUGACAAAGGAAUUACUGUAACAAUCCCAAAUAAAAGAAAGACUCCGUUAAAGAAAGGUAAUAAAAAGCAACUGGAAGACAUUUCAAGUGCUGAUGAAGGCUGUGCUGAGAUGCCAGUCUCGGCUGCUGAUGUCAAAAACUCUGCUAGCUUGCCAAAUGUUCGUGACUUGGAAAUGCAGGAUUCUGAGAUGCAAAGGGGUUUUCAAAAAAUGCUUAAGCCUAUAAUUAAGAAAAAUAAGCGGAGGUCAAAAAAAUUGAUUUCAUCUGAAGAAUCUGAAAAAGAACUGGCUGAGUUGAGUGAAGAUGAUGGAUAUUUAGAUAAUGAGUGCAGUGUGCCCCAAGCACAAGAAUCUCGUAUGAGAUGCCAAAAAUUGAUAAAGCCCGACUGCCAGAAUCAGAAUUUUAUAGUUUCGGGAGCCACUUUACUAGAUGCAUCUGAUGAAAGUCCUUAUUUAAUAGAUGACGCACCUGAAAAUACUUCUGAAAGUGGCAGCGACUGUGCAACUUCUAGCAUUACAGUGGGCAAAACUCUUGUGUCUCCAAGAAAAGUUGCUCAGUUAGAAGAAAUUAAAAAUACUCCUCAAUUACUAAGCAGUGACAGUGAAGGAAACAACAAGCCUGAACCCAGGUCACAAAGAAAAUCCAGGGAAGACCUGUAUACAUCUACAGUUGGAAGUGGGCCUACUGUUCCACGCAUUGUCCGUUUAACUACUGCUAAUGAAAAACCAAUUACAUAUGAGCCAUAUACAUCUUCAUCAGGAUCUGACAAUGAAUAUGAGUAUGGGACACAGUUGCACAAAAUUAUUCCACCUUCCAAAACACCAAAUGUUCGUCGUUCUAAAAGAACAAGAGUCAAGCCCUUGGCAUACUGGAAAGGAGAACGUGUGAAUUAUAAGAUCAGACCCUCGGGAGGCUUUUUGGUUGAAGGGGUUGUACCUCCAGCAGAGGUUGAACCACCAAGGAAAGCUGUGGCAAAAAGACGCAUAUACAACAAACAAAAAGGACAUAUACCUACCUAUGUAGAACCUCUUACAGAAGAUUAUGUAGAACCUGCCAAAGUUCUUGAUGCGGAUACAGGAACAAUAACAACUAUUGACUGUGUCAGAACCAGUGAAAAUUGCUUAUACCAUGACCCGGAUCAACCCAUAUCCAUUUGCAAGAGUAUUCGCAACUCUGCUUUUUCUACUGGCAAACUAAAGAUUGGCCCUUUCCAAGAAAAGGGUUUGCAGUUUGUAUGUAUGGAUACAAUUGUAUUCUACAUAAUGACGGGUUCUGUGCAGUUAACACUUCAUUUGUCUACUUACAAUCUGAAAACAGGGGACUUUUUCUACAUACCACCUGGCAAUAUGUACAAUGUAAAGAAUUUGCUAAAUGAAGAUGCAGUUCUUAUUUUUACUCAAAUUAAAGGUGGAUCGUAACCUGUACAGCAAUGUGGUUGGAAAGGGAAGAAAAGACAACUUUAUUUAUAUUUUUUAUAUAUGUAUGUAUGUAAAAUUUGUAUAUGGUGUUAUGUACAGUUCUGUUUUUUCAAUAUCUCUUAAAAUAUAUAGACAACUUAUAUUAAA